CAUAUCCCAGCACCCGGAGGACAUAGCAGGGGAAUUUCGAGAAUACUAUAAUUCGCUAUAUAACCCCCGCCAUUCGGAGGAGCCGACCCAUAGGCGGGAAUUGUCGCCACAUAUACGAACAUACUUACAAGACACCAUACGGACACAAAUAAGCCCAGAAAUGGCGUCCACGCUGGAUGAACCGGUUGCCACCGACGAUUUGGCGGCG